AUGUGUGGUAUUUUUGCGGUUUUCAAUUAUCCAGAUGAUGUUCAUGCUUUCCGUCGACGAGCUUUAUUACUUUCUAAAAGAUUGAGACACAGAGGUCCUGAUUGGAGUGGGUGUAAAAUUUCGGGAAAUAACAUUCUAUGUCACGAACGUUUAGCUAUUGUUGGUGUUGAUUCUGGUGCUCAACCUCUUACCAAUGAAGAUGAAACAAUCAUUCUUGCUGUAAAUGGUGAAAUCUAUAAUCACAAAACCUUAAGGAAACAACUUAGACCUGACACGCAUUUCAAAACUCAAUCAGAUUGUGAAAUCAUCCUUCAUUUGUAUUCUGAAAUAGGAAAAGAUGUUGUAAAUCAUCUCGAUGGUAUGUUUUCGUUUGUCCUCUUGGACACGAAUAGAAAUCGUUUCAUUGCUGCACGUGACCCAAUUGGUAUUACUUCCCUUUACCAAGGUUGGUCAUCAUCGUCACCGGAUACAGUCUAUUUUUCCUCGGAAUUAAAGGCACUUAAUGAAGAAUGUGAUAAAAUCAUCUUGUUUCCACCUGGUCAUAUUUAUGACAGCUUAACUGGCGAGACAACAAGAUAUUAUAAACCAUCAUGGUGGGAUGGAGAAGUAAUACCAAAAAACCCUAUUAAUUAUACUUACUUAAGAGAAUCUUUGGAAAAUGCUGUUCGCAAAAGAUUAAUGAGUGAUGUACCAUAUGGUGUUUUAUUAAGUGGAGGAUUGGAUUCCAGUUUAAUAGCUUCUAUUGCAACAAGGGAAGCUGCAAAAUUAGCUGCUACCCAAAAUGGAUUUGAAGAUGAUCGAGGAGUUACCACUUGGCAAAAGCUUCAUUCUUUUUCUAUUGGUCUUCCAGGGUCGCCUGACUUAAUAGCUGCACGUUCUGUAGCAGAAUUUUUAGAUACUAUACAUCAUGAAUUUACCUUUACGCUUCAAGAAGGUCUCGAUGCAGUUCAUGAUGUUAUUCAUCAUUUGGAAACAUAUGAUGUAACAACAAUUAGGGCAAGUACCCCAAUGUACUUACUAUCGAGAAAGAUUAAGGCCAUGGGAGUUAAGAUGGUUUUAAGUGGUGAAGGAAGUGAUGAAAUUCUAGGAGGUUAUUUAUACUUUCAUGCUGCGCCAUCUGCUGCAGAUUUCCACAAAGAAACAGUUUCUCGUGUUAAAAAGCUUCAUACUGCUGAUUGUUUGCGUGCUAACAAGUCCACAAUGGCUUGGGGUCUAGAAGCUCGUGUACCAUUCUUAGAUAAAACAUUCCUUGAUGUGGCUAUGUCCAUUGAUCCUGAAGAAAAAUUAUUUAAAGAAGGGAGAAUGGAGAAGUACAUUCUCAGGAAAGCUUUUGAUGUGUCAACAACUGGAGAUGUGCGUCCUUAUCUUCCAGAGUCAGUUCUUUGGCGUCAAAAAGAACAAUUCUCUGAUGGUGUAGGAUAUAGUUGGAUUGACACUCUCAAAGAGACUGCUGAACAGCACGUCACUGAUGAACAAUUGGCUAACGCUGCUAACGUUUGGGCAAAAGAUACGCCAACUUCCAAAGAAGCAUAUUGGUAUAGAGAACAAUUCGAAAGUUGGUUCCCUGAAGAAGCAUGUACUGAUAGUGUUGAAAGAUGGAUUCCAAGAGCAGAUUGGGGUUGCCCCGAAGAUCCUUCAGGACGUGCUCAAGCUGUACAUAAUGCCGCAAUUUAA